UUUCUAGGUAGACAAUGUUAUUAGCGCAGAUAAAUCGAGACUCUCAGGGAAUGACUGAAUUUUCUGGAGGAGGAAUGGAGGCCCAGCAUGUAACUCUUUGUCUAACGGAAGCUGUAGCUGUGCAAGAUGGUGACAACUUAGAAAACAUGGAAGGUGUAAGUUUGCAAGCAGUUACCCUUGCUGAUGGCUCCACUGCUUACAUACAGCACAAUUCUAAAGAUGGUAAAUUAAUGGAUGGACAAGUGAUUCAAUUAGAAGAUGGUUCUGCUGCUUAUGUUCAACACGUGCCCAUGCCUAAAAGCAGGGACAGCUUGCGUCUGGAAGAUGGACAAGCAGUUCAGCUAGAAGAUGGAACUACAGCAUUUAUUCACCACACCUCGAAAGACAGUUACGACCAGAGUGCAUUACAAGCAGUCCAGCUGGAGGAUGGAACCACUGCGUACAUUCACCACACAGUGCAAAUGCCACAGUCAGAUACCAUUUUAGCCAUUCAGGCUGAUGGCACAGUGGCAGGUCUUCAUACAGGAGAUGCUGCCAUUGACCCAGAUACCAUCAGUGCUUUGGAGCAAUAUGCAGCCAAGGUGUCUAUUGAUGGAAAUGACAGUGUUAGUGGCACAGGAAUGAUAGGUGAAAAUGAACAAGAUAAAAAAAUGCAGAUUGUCUUGCAAGGACAUGGAACAAGAGUGACUGCAAAAUCUCAGCAGAGUGGAGAGAAAGCUUUUCGCUGUGAUUAUGAUGGCUGUGGAAAACUGUACACAACAGCUCACCAUCUUAAGGUGCAUGAAAGGUCACACACAGGAGACAGACCAUAUCAGUGUGAACAUCCUGGAUGUGGCAAAGCUUUUGCAACAGGGUAUGGGUUAAAAAGUCAUGUCCGAACACAUACUGGUGAAAAGCCUUAUCGGUGUACAGAAGAAAAUUGCACUAAAUCCUUCAAGACUUCAGGAGAUCUGCAGAAACAUAUCAGAACCCACACAGGUGAAAGGCCCUUUAAGUGUCCAUUUGAAGGAUGUGGCAGGUCAUUCACAACAUCUAAUAUUAGAAAGGUUCACAUCAGGACACAUACAGGCGAAAGGCCUUAUUACUGUACAGAGCCAGGAUGUGGGAGAGCUUUUGCCAGUGCAACUAAUUAUAAGAAUCAUGUGAGAAUACACACAGGGGAGAAGCCCUAUGUCUGUACAGUUCCUGGUUGUGAUAAACGUUUUACAGAGUAUUCCAGUUUAUACAAACAUCAUGUUGUACAUACUCAUUCCAAACCGUAUAACUGUAAUCACUGUGGGAAAACAUACAAGCAGAUUUCUACACUUGCUAUGCACAAGCGGACAGCACACAAUGACACAGAGCCCAUUGAAGAAGAACAAGAGGCUUUUUUUGAGCCACCUCCAGGUCAAGGUGAAGAUGUUCUCAAAGGCUCCCAGAUAACCUAUGUGACAGGUGUAGAGGGAGAAGAUGUAAUUUCUGCACAGGUUGCUACAGUUACUCAGUCAGGAUUAGGUCAACAAGUAGCAUUAAUAUCCCAGGAUGGAACCCAACAUGUCAACAUAUCCCAGGCGGAUAUGCAGGCCAUUGGCAAUACUAUCACUAUGGUAACACAAGAUGGCACCACCAUCACAGUCCCUGCCCACGACGCUGUCAUCUCUUCUGCAGGAACACAUUCCGUAGCAAUGGUUACUGCAGAAGGCACCGAAGGACAGCAGGUUGCUAUCGUGGCUCAAGACUUAGCAGCAUUUCAUAGUGCCUCAUCAGAAAUGGGACAUCAGCAACAUGGCCACCAUUUAGUGACUACAGAAACUAGACCUGUUACAUUGUUGGCUACAUCCAAUGGAACACAAAUUGCAGUACAGCUUGGAGAACAACAGUCUCUGGAAGAAGCCAUUAGAAUAGCCUCCAGAAUACAACAGGGUGAAACGCCAGGGAUUGAUGAUUAACUUCUAAAACUGCUACCAGAACAAUAGAGUGAACGGUAUUUUGUUUUCAAUCCACAAAGGUCCAUGCCAGCAGCAGCUCAUAAAAAAACUUUGAAGUUCCCAACUCAUUGAUACUGUGUACACAUUUUAUGCAAGAGCAAAGAACAUUUUGUAAGUUUUGUGUACAUAACCCUUGGAAUGGACUGACAUCAUCUAUUUCCAACCAUUGUACAUUGAGGAAUAUGGAAUUAGGAUUAUAUAGUAAAUUUCCUUGUUGUCCUUUCAUCAUAUUUCAGACUGGUCUACAAGCAAGUGAAAAAUUAAAUAGAAGUAUUGGAAUUAAUUUUUAAUGUUGUGUACAAAUAAUUAAGGCAUUAGUGAAGAUUUAAAAUGUUUAAAAUACUAUUAAAAAUCAUCAUUUCGGGAACCCUUACAAGUAAUAAAGAUGACAAAGCCUUUUAAAUUGCAUUCCAUAAAUGGAAAAGUCUUGGAUUUUGAGCCUACUGUAAAUCUUCAUAUUUUUAGUUGUUUCAUACAGAUUUGAAUACUCUUUAAAUUACUCACGCCAUCUCAUUCAUUGUAAAUACAGACUGUUCAUGCUGGAAGUGCUAAUUAUAUUAUCUUUAAAUUGGAUUAUGUACAAAGGAGAAGCUUUGGUUGUUCAAUAUUAAAGGAAGUAAAUCUAA